AUGGCGGGACGGGCCGCGAUGCGAACCCCUGAACCGCCCGACCGCGACGAACGCGGAGACUCACCACCGCGACUGUCGAGACCGAAACGCACCACCAGACCACCAAGAAACUACGCUCAAGAACAAGAGAUCGACAAUGAACAGAGGAAGACGCGACCCCAGCAAAAGAAGAGAAUUGAAUCCGAAUCUCAGCCUGACGUGGCAACUUCGGACGACUCCGCGACCGAGAGCGACGACCUCGAUGUCAGCAAUUUGGUAAAGGAGCUGGUUAAACUCAGGGAAGAGAUCCGACGGCGAGAUGAGCUGCAUAGAGAAGAACUCCAGAAGGUCCAAGAAGAGUUUCGGAAAGCUAAGGAGGAAUUUAGCGUCGCCCUUGCAGGAGUUCGAUACGAGCUACAGACCCUGAUAGAUAGCCCCACGACACCGCAAUCCUACCCCGAGGCAUGCUCUCCGAACCACUAUGAUGAGAUUCUUCGUGAAAUACAAUCCUUGCGCGAGGAGAUCAGCGUUCCCGCUCCCACGGGAUCUCCGUCGUAUGCAGAUAUCGCCCGUACACCCCCGCUUAGCCACCCAAGCAAUAUACGGAGUCUCUCGACAUCGAACACAACACUAACUACGUUUACCGACACAUUGUACUGCACAAUCGACACCUCGGAGAUGGCAGCAAAUGAAAACGAGAGGAUGUCCGCAGGCCCAAUUCGGGUGGCGGUUAAGACAGAGAUUCGGGCGAUGGAAGGCCACACGCACUAG